CGUUAAAAGCUCCGAACUCGAACUUGGGAUGGAUCUACGCGAUCCGAACCGGUUACCUAACCGUAAACCAUUCUCCUCCACGGAGCGGUUACUCGGCGUGCCAUCCCACGCGCCGCCCCUCGAAAACCCUACCUCCUCCACCGCCGACGAGUUUAUCGAGGACGACGUCGUUUUCUUCGACGACGAUUACACCGAACCCGGCCCCAGUUACAACCACGCCUCCUCCUCUUCCUUCUCACCCAUAACGAAUCACCACCAUCAUCACAACCACAAGGGCUUCAGGUUCGGCUCGCCCGAUGCGUUCGGCAUCCUCGCCGCCCUGCCGGGAAACGACGCCUCGCCGAACUCCCGAAACGGUUCGCACUUUUUCCGCAAGGCGUCCGCGUCCGCCUCCGUCUCCGCCUCCGCGUCGUUGUCCUCUUCCGCCUCUUCUUCCUCCUCGCGUCUCAUUCCCGCCAUACCGAGGCCUCCGUCGGACCGAAUUCCGUCGUCGGUCAAGUUCCACCAGUCAGCGCCGGUGAAUGUUCCAAUUUCGUCUCCGGCGAUGUUGAAGGCCUCGAGGAGACGGCGCGAUGCCGACAUAGACGACGACAGCGAAGAGGCGGCGGAGGACGAAGAGAUGCUUCCUCCGCAUGAGAUUGUGGAGAGGAAUUCUGCGCAGUCACCGAUGCUGGCAUACUCUGUUCUUGAAGGCGUUGGGAGGACGCUGAAAGGGAGAGACUUGCGCCAGGUUCGGAAUGCAGUUUGGCGCCAAACAGGUUUUCUUGGUUGAAAAAGACUUCUUCUUGUGAAUUCUUGAGAUAUUAUAUCUUUUACUCUUUGAUCUUCAGUGGCCACGAAGUAGUUCUUGGAAAUAGGCAAAAAGCCUAUAUAAUCCUAAUUGAAUGUAAAAUUGUGAAUGUUUAGGGUGGUUUUUCAACUUGAAUUACCUGGUCAAUACAGAAACACAAAGCCUUCAUAUCUUUAUUAUUGGUCUAUUGAGGUUUUAUUGAUUUACCUGAUUGAUAUAUUGGGAGAGGCUUUGUAUCGUGUUGUAUGUAUCUCUUAUACUCUUAUUUAAUAUACAAGAAUAUAUUCGGAGAGGUUAUGACUCCUAGGCUGAUUUUUUAUAUGCACCUUCAUGAGGGUAGUUUAUAAAGCACAUUUGAUUGGAAACUCCUGUUGAAGCUAUAUAGUGCUUGGGAAAUGUUAAAUUUACUCAAUCAAUCAGUUUUAGUGUAAUUACUUCUUUUUUCUUUGAAGAAAAAAGAAUAGUAACUCUUUCAGCCAUUGGAACUGGGCAAAUUGGCUUGGUUUUGGUUAUUUGGUCAUCCUAACAUUGAUAGAUUUGUCAGCACCUGAUUACCUGCUGCCAUUUUGUCCUGAAACAAACUUUGAACUUUUUUUUAGUAAAAGUAGG